AUGGAUCAUCUAUUUUUUUUAGUUUGGAGAAAUGUAUAUAUAAGAAAACAAAUAACUAAACAUUUCAAAUAUUAUUUUGUUAAUAGUGUUAUAUUUUAUUCUAAAGAUGAUUUUAUUCAAACAAAAAAAAGUAGAUAUUUAGUAGAUGUAACCUUGGAGUUCAAAGAUAGAUUAGAUGAAUAUGACUUAACAGAUACAAUUGAAUUUUUAAGUUUUGGAACUUACUUCAAUCAACAUCUUAAACCGGGUAUGAUACCACCAUCAGUAAGGAAACUAAAAUUUGGUUUUGGUUUUAUUCAUGAGAUUGGGACCGAUGUAAUACCACCAUCAGUUAAAAUCUUGGAGUUUGGGGAGCUCUACAAUAACCCACUUAAACCUGGUCUUUUGCCUCCUUCACUUGAAAUAUUAAAAUUUGGCAGUAGUUUCAAUCAAGAAAUUAAAGAAGGCCAUUUACCACCAUCACUCAAAAUGUUAACACUAGGUCUCAGCUUUAAUUAUCCAUUUAAAGCAACAGUUAUAUCGCCAUCUAUUGCCCUAUCUUUAGAAACUCUGGUAUUCGGCUAUCACUUUAACCAACCACUUUGCAAAGGAGAUAUUCCACCUUCAGUCAAGAGAUUAAAAUUUGGGUUUAGUUUCAAUCAAACAUUUAGCGAAGGAGUUUUACCAAAAUCACUCCGAUCAUUAGAGCUAGGUCAUUGUUUCAAUCAAAUACUUAAAGAGGGCGAUAUACCAUCCUCAGUGGAAGAACUAAUCCUAGAUUAUAGUUUAAAACCACUUCUUGACCAAUGUUUUUUACCAUCAUCAAUUAAACAACUACUCUUUAGUCGCCACUAUGAUAAUUACAAUGAAAAAGCAUAUGUAUAUUAA